CAGUAUCGGCAAGUAGAAGCGCAGCCUGCGAAGAAGUUUAAAAAGGCAUGCCGCAUCGGAGUACAGGACAAGAACAUUUUGAGCAGUGAUUACGCCUUCGUGCAGCGACAGAGAUUUCUCUUUUAGAGUACUUUCCUCGAACUCGAACUCGAAUUUUCCGGCCAAACCCCGUCUAGAUUCUCCUUUCUGUCUGUCUAUGUAGUACACAACGUGGUGCUAUCGUACGACGUCACACUCUACCCUCUCAGUAUCUCUCUUUAUCUCCUCUCAUCUCAUGGCUUCCGAGGAACAGAUGUCCGCAAUCAAGGCCGCAAAAGUACUCAUGGUUGGUGCCGGUGGCAUUGGCUGUGAGCUUCUAAAAAACCUUGCUCUCUCUGGCUUUCAAGACAUUCACAUCAUUGACAUGGACACAAUAGAAGUAAGCAACUUAAACAGACAGUUUUUAUUCCGGCAGUCUCAUGUCGGCCAAUCUAAAGCCAAAGUUGCUAGGGAAGCUGUCUUAAAAUUUAGGCCUGGAAUAAAAAUUGAACCUUACCAUGCAAAUGUUAAAGAUCCCAACUUCGGUGUUGAUUUCUUCAAGGAAUUCAAUGUUGUUCUAAAUGGGCUUGACAAUUUAGAUGCUAGGCGACAUGUGAACCGCCUUUGCUUGGCAGCUGGUGUUCCAUUGGUUGAGAGUGGGACAACUGGAUUCCUUGGACAGGUUACUGUGCAUGUGAAAGGAAAAACAGAAUGUUAUGAGUGCCAGCCUAAACCAGCUCCUAAGAGUUACCCUGUGUGCACGAUUACAAGUACUCCUUCAAAGUUUGUUCACUGCAUUGUAUGGGCAAAAGAUCUGCUUUUUGCAAAGCUUUUUGGGGACAAGAAUCAGGCAAAUGAUCUAAAUGUCCGUUCUAAUGAUGCUUCUAGUUCGUCAGAGAAUGUGGAAGAUGUCUUUGAGCGUAGAGAAGGUGAAGAUAUCGAACAGUAUGGGAGGAGAAUAUAUGAUCAUGUUUUCGGUUAUAACAUUGAGGUAGCUCUGUCAAAUGAAGAAACAUGGAAGAAUCGCAACAAGCCGAGGCCUAUCCGCAUUAAAGAUGUGUUAUCAUCUGAAGAGACUGAACCGAAUGGAAAUGGAAAUGGAGAUAGAAAUUCAAAAACCAGUGAUCCCUCUUCAGUUUCUGCAAUGACAUUACUGGGUCUUAAAAAUCCUCAGGAGCUGUGGAGCCUGAAAGAAAACACUUUAGUAUUUCUAGAAGCACUAAAGCUAUUUUUCUCGGAAAGGCCGAAGGAUGUUGGUAACUUGAGUUUUGACAAAGAUGAUCAGUUAGCUGUGGAAUUUGUAACUGCUGCCGCUAAUAUUCGGGCAUCUUCUUUCGGUAUCCCAUUGCAUAGCCUUUUUGAAUCAAAAGGUAUUGCUGGCAAUAUUGUGCAUGCUGUUGCUACAACAAAUGCUAUUGUUGCUGGAUUGAUUGUGAUCGAGGCAAUUAAGGUGCUGCAAAAUGACGUAAAAGACUAUAGGAUGACAUAUUGUCUUGAACAUCCUUCCAAAAAAAUGCUUCUUAUGCCAGUCGAGCCAUUUGAACCCAACAAAUCCUGCUACGUGUGUUCUGAGACUCCUUUGACACUUGAGAUCAAUACUCAUAGUGCAAAAUUGAGAGAUUUUGUUGAAAAGAUUGUGAAAGCAAAGCUUGGCAUGAAUUUGCCUCUGAUAAUGAAUGGAGCAGCACUUCUUUAUGAAGUGGGAGACGAUCUUGAUGAAAAAAUGGUUGAGAAUUAUGCAGCAAACCUGGACAAGGUGCUAUGUGAGCUUCGACCUCCUGUUAAUGGUGGUACCAUUGUCAACGUUGAGGAUCUUCAGCAGGAGCUUACCUGCAAUAUCAACAUUAAACAUAGGGAAGAGUUUGAUGAGGAGAAGGAUCCCGAUGGCAUGGUUCUAUCGGGAUGGACUCCAGUUUUGGCGAGUGAAAACAACAAUAAGACAACACAUGACAACGGGGCAAGUUCGUCUACUGCUUCCCAAACUGCCCCUCUGGAUGCCAACGAGGAUGACGACUUGGAAAUUCUUCCAACCGGCACUGCAAUUUCUCCUGGAAAGAAAAGAAAGUUGUGUGACACCAACCCCGAUAGAAAGGUGGAAGAACUCGAUGAUGAUGGGGAUGGUUUUGUUACGCUCGAUGGGAAUUCCGAUGGUAGCAAGAAGCAGAGGGUUCAAUAAUGAUUUUCCGGGAUAUCUACUAGUCUCUCUUGUACCUUAUAGGAGGAAACAAAGUAUUGAUUGUUCUAGUUUUUUAACUCCUGAAUUAAUCCUUAGGUGCUGUACCCUUCAAUUUUAACUUAUACUUGAAACCCCUCGGUUGAUCACAUUUUGAUUUGUUCCUAAUCAUUUAAACGAGC